AUGAGGCCUAUCACAUUGUUCGCGUUAUUCACCCUGGCUGCUGCUGAAGUAGAGUAUUACACUGCCGAUGAAAUUCGAGACAUUGAUGCAGUGAUUUCUGAUAUAUCAAGGGUGAAAAGUUUUGUAGAUUGCUUCUUGGAUAGAGAGCCCUGCCAUGAACCGGCUGGAACUUACAGAGCAUUAAUUCCCGAAAUUCUUGCCACUAAAUGUGAAAUGUGCCCGGAUGAAUUCAAGCAUUUGGCACAUGUAUUCCUUACGAAACUUAAAGCUUCUUUAUAUGACGAAUACUUGGACUUGAGAUAUAAAUACGAUCACGAAAACCAAUACUUCGACGAUUUCGAAAAAGCUUUAGAGGCUUACAAGCAACUCAUAUGGCAUGAAUAUUAA